AUGACCAGGUGUGCUCUGCUGGUGCUGAUGGUCCUGAUGUUGGGCAGAGUCCUGGUUGUCCCAGUGACCCCUAUCCCAACCUUCCAGCUCUGCCCUCAGAAUUCUCCCCAGACCACUCCCCGACCUGCAGCCUCAGAGAGCCCCUCAGCUGCUCCCACAUGGCCAUGGGCUGCCCAGAGCCAGCGCAGCCCCACCCGCCACCCUGGCUCGCGCAUUGUCCUAUCGCUGGAUGUCCCCAUCGGCCUCUUGCAGAUCUUACUGGAGCAAGCCCAGGCCAGGGCUGCCAGGGAGCAGGCCACCACCAACGCCCGCAUCCUGGCCCGUGUUGGCCGCCGCUGA